GACUGUUGGUAAUUACAGAAGACAGGCCGGGCGGCGGCACAGCACACGGAUCGGUCAAAAUCCAGAUCCGAUGCUGCGCGCCUUUUCGAUGAGGGGCUCAUCGUUAUGGAGUCAGAGCAUCCGCAUAGGUACAGAGCCAGUGGACUGCCUCAGAUUUCUUCGCUACAUCAGGGCCGCCCUAUCUCAUCUCCUGGCAAGUAUACGUCAUGAGUUCUCCGCCGGCGUUAGAUGGCCUUCUCGGGGCAACCUUCAUUGGAAUCAUCCUGUCCACGAUCAUCUACGGAGUUACAUGUAUGCAAGUUUAUUCCUACUAUACUCAGCACUCUCGCCGAGACGGCCGUGGCAUAAAAAUAUAUGUUGCAAUUCAGAUGGCUCUCGAUUCCUUACAUGUCGCACUCUUGGUUACUACCUAUUACUACUAUACAGUGACUCAUUUCGGCGACUACGUGAGACUUCAGGCGGAUACUUGGAGUUUAUCGGUACAAAGCACGGUUGGGGGUGCUCUGAGUUCAAUGGCUCAGCUUUUUUUCGCGUAUCGCCUAUACAAAUUCAACAACAAGAACUUGUGGUUACCGAUUACAAUUUGUAGCUUCUCAAUCGCGCAACUUGGUUGCUCGUUCGCAUACACAGUUGUGGGAUACAACAACCAUUACUUUGACUCGUCUCCAAAAGCGACGGCAUACGUUGCCGCAGCACUCGUUGCUGACAUCGUCUGCGAUUCAAUGAUCGCAGCGAGUACAAUUUAUAUCCUCCAUAUGGGACGCACCGGGUUCUCGAAGACCAACAGGGUAAUCAACCUACUGAUAGCAUAUGCGUUGAACACCUGCCUUUUGACAACCGUUUUCACAGCGAUAUGCCUCAUCAUCUGGUAUACCUCGACGGACACGCUGAUUUAUAGUAUAUUCUACUUCAUUCUCGUUCGACUGUACUCCUGCUCCAUAGUAUCAACCUUGAACACGAGAGACGGGAUGAAACACUUUCUGGACUCCGGCUCUCACGAACUGUUUAACAUUCGCCCCGCCACUGCAGUAACGCCGGAUGAAGGUUCUUCCGGGCAGCUAGCUCGAAGCAAGGGUUGGGUGGCUCCUCAACCUUUGACCAUUGAUACGAGGACGGAUGAUAUUGUCAGGGACACCAUGGACGAAGACAAGACCAAAGCACUGGCUUGAUUAUUCUGAUUAUAUUUGUGUCCAUGAACUGCG